GGGGGCGGAGCUGACCGCGGGGGCGGGGCCAGGGUCUCACACCAUCCAGUGGAUGUCUGCUUGCUACGUGGGGCCGGACGGCCGCCUCCUCCGCGGGUACAGUCAGUUGGCCUACGACGGCGCGGAUUACAUCGCCCUGAACGAGGACCUGCGCUCCUGGACCGCGGCGGACACGGCGGCGCAGAUCACCCGGCGCAAGUGGGAGGCGGCAGGCGCGGCGGAGCAGCAGAGGAACGAGCUGGAGGUCACGUGCGUGGAAUGGCUCCGGAGGUACCUGGAGAUGGGGAAUAAGACGCUGCUGCGCACAGAUCCCCCGAAGACACAUGUCACCUACCAUCCCCUCACUGACCAUAAGGUCACCCUGAGGUGUUGGGCCCUGGGCUUCUACCCUGUGGAGAUCACCCUGACCUGGCAGCAGGAUGGGGAGGACCUGACCCAGGACACAGAGCUUGUGGAGCCAAGGCCUGCAGGGGAUGGGACCUUCCAGAAGUGGGUGGCUGUGGUGGUGCCUUCUGGAGAGGAGCAGAGAUACACGUGCCGUGUGCAGCAUGGGGGGCUGCCCGAGCCCCUCACACUGAGAUGGGAGUCCCCUCCUCGGCCCCCCAUUCCCGUCGUGGGCGUUGUGGGCUGGUCUGGUUGUGGUCACUGGCGCUGUGCUGGUUGGAGCUGUCAUGUGGAGGAAGUAGAGCUCAGCCCUGCCCUAGGUGGAAGAGGAAGGAGUUACGCUCAGGCUGCAAUGUGAGCCAGCUGCCUUGUGGGGGACUGAGCGAUGCAAGAUGUGUUCACUUGCCCACCUUGUGACAUCAACACCUCUGAUUUCUCUUUCUGCAAAGGGCAUCGGAAUGUGUCCGUGUUCCUGUUAACAUAAUGUGAGGACGUGGGGAGACUGGCCCCCCACCGCACACGACCCCCCCCACUCUCCCCGCCCUGACCGACCUGUGUUUUCCUUCCUCAUCUGCUUUCGUGUUCUGGCCGAGGGAGGGUGGGCCAUCUCCAUCCCUGCCUUUACUUCAUGUUACACUGAGCUACGACUUCUUACUUCCUGAUGACAAGAGGACUCUGGAUGGGAACUGGUUUUUUCCCUGUUCUUGUCAUGAGGAGUGGAUCAGUUAGUGAAAGGAGAGGAUUCCUGAAGUUUGAGACAGGAAAUAAAUGGAAGCACUGACAACCUUCCGGAA